GCCCCUAUUACCAGGCCAGCAUCCAGGCCGCCGCCCUGCCUGGCACUGACGGCUGUCUGGCCUCCCCGAGGGACCCUGCAGGACUCGACGCGGCGUGUGCUGGCGGGAGUGGUGCUGCGGUGGAGGUCGUGAGGCUGGGCAACAGCAUGAGUGGCCAGCGGCGGCGGCAACAGCGGCAGCAGCAACAGCAGCUAGCCUCAGGUGUGGGGAGGCGCAGGUGUGGUGGCAAGAAUCACCUGGAGGCAGGCAGCUCUGUCCACAGAGGAGAGAGCAAGUUUGAGUGCCAGCAGUGUGACAAAACUUUUGUAUCCAGACAAGGCCUUAAGUACCACACCCUGACACACAGUGGUGUUAGAAAUUAUGAGUGUGGUGAGUGUGGGAAGAAAUUUACCCAAAAGUCUUCCCUCACCAGACACACCCUGACACACAGUGGUGUUAGAAAUUAUGAGUGUGGGGAGUGUGGCAAGAAAUUUAUCCACAAGUCUUCCCUCACCACACACAUCCUGACACACAGUGGUGUUAGAAAUUAUGAGUGUGGCGAGUGUGGGAGGAAAUUUACCCGCAAGUCUUUCCUCACCACACACAAUCUGAUACAUAGUGGUGUUAGAAAUUAUGAGUGUGAUAAGUGUGGGAAGAAAUUUACCCAAAAGUGUCACCUCAUCUCACACACGCUGACACACAGUGGUGUUAGAAAUUAUGAGUGUGGUGAGUGUGGGAAGAAAUUUACCCACAAGUCUUCCCUCACCACACACACCCUGACACACAGUGGUGUUAGAAAUUAUGAGUGUGGUGAGUGUGGGAAGAAAUUUACCCACAAGUCUUCCCUCACCGUACACACCCUCACACACAGUGGUGUUAAAAAUUAUGAGUGUGGUGAGUGUGGGAAGAAAUUUACCCAAAAAUCUUCCCUCAGCACACACACCCUGACACACAGUGGUGUUAAAAAUUAUGAGUGUGGUGAGUGUGGGAAGAAAUUUACCCAAAAGUCUUCCCUCACCACGCACACCCUUACACACAGUGGUGUUAAAAAUUAUGAGUGUGAUGAGUGUGGGAAGAAAUUUACCCACAAGUCUUCCUUCAACACACACACCCUGACACACAGUGGUGUUAGAAAUUAUGAGUGUGAUGAGUGUGGGAAGAAAUUUAUCUGGAAGUCUUCCCUCAACACACACACCCUGACACACAGUGAUGUUAAAAAUUAUGAGUGUGAUGAGUGUGGGAAGAAAUUUACCCACAAGUCUAACCUUACCACACACACCCUGAUACACAGUGCUGUUAGAAAUUAUGAGUGUGAUGAGUGUGGCAAAAGAUUUCCUACCAUUUCUCGUCUCAAUGAACACGCCUUCAGACACACUGGGGUGAGGGAGUUCGAGUGUGAUGUUUGUGGCAAGUGUUUCAAGACAAAGGCUGAUAUUGCCAGGCAUGUGAAGAUCCACUUCUGAGGUGGUGGUGUGUGGACACAUGGGGCCACACCUGUACCUGUGGUGGUGGUGGUGGUGGUGGUGGUGGUGGUGGUGGUGGUGGUGGUGGUGGUGAUGAUGAUGCCAAGUGAGACAUUCAAAGGAGGGCGUGCACGUGCAUGGUGGUGAGCAGGUGAUGAUUGGAGAGGCACAGAACGUUCAUGAUGGAGGAGGAGGAGGAGCAGGAGUCUUUGUGUAUAGGAAGGAGAGGAAUGUAAGAGGAGAAAAGAUAGAUGUAGGCAGCUCUGUCAUGAGAGAAGGCGGCAGAGUGCACAGGCCACCCUAGAAUGUCGUGAAAGGCUUGCGGUGGUCGUGGUGUGCGUGAAGGGGGAGGGUGAGAGGGCAGGCGAGACAACACCAAGAGUUAACCAGUGUUCUCGUUCAUUCUUUCCUUUCUCAGGUAAACUGUGGAACUCCCUGCCUGCUUCUGCAUUUCUUUCUUCCAAUGGCUUCAAGUCUUUCAACGAGGGGGAGGCUCAAGACAUCGUUUUAUUUAUCUAUUUUUAUUAUUCUCAUUUUAUUUGGCUCCUCUACAGGAACUGGCAUUAAGUUGGCUUUUUUAUUCAAUUUUUUUGUUGUGCUUUUCCAACAGCCCUCUUACAUAAAAGAAAAUAACUAAAUAAUAAUAAGAAAAGCCAGUGUCACGGGGUGGCAAAACCACGCUGCCUGGAGACAAUGUGCAUGGCGUGCCAGCUGUAGCAAUGGAAGGAGUAUUGAGGCAGUGAAGGAGUCCCUGGAGACAAUGUGCAUGGUGUGCCAGCUGUAUCAAUGGAAGGAGUAUUGAGGCAGUGAAGGAGUCCCUGGAGACAAUGUGCAUGGUGUGCCAGCUGUACCAAUGGAAGGAGUAUUGAGGCAGUGAAGGAGUCCCUGGAGACAAUGUGCAUGGCAUGCCAGGUGUACCAAUGGAAGGAGUAUUGAGGCAGUGAAGGAGUCCCUGGAGACAAUGUGCAUGGCGUGCCAGCUGUACCAAUGGAAGGAGUAUUGAGGCAGUGAAGGAGUCCCUGGAGACAAUGUGCAUGGCGUGCCAGGUGUACCAAUGGAAGGAGUAUUGAGGCAGUGAAGGAGUCCCUGGAGACAAUGUGCAUGGCGUGCCAGCUGUACCAAUGGAAGGAUUUCAGCUGGAAAGAAAUUGCAAAAUAUAUAUAUUUUUCAUUGGAAACUUCGUUGUAGCUGCUUAUAAAGACCUGACGCAUUGUUUCUGGUGCUCCUGUGUCGUGUCACAGGGAAGGGGACAGGCUGGUCAGUCAGACUUAACCCUCCCUGUGUGAAUGCAUGUUGCUUCUCGCCAAACACUUUCCUGGCCUGUAAAUCUGUCAGUGUUGCAUCCCUGACCACUUCCCCCAUGGUUUGUGAUGUGCUUGUAAGACUUGGUGGGCACCGUCACUCUGGCUCGUCUUUUGGCUUUCACUUCGCCUUUUUCUCGUUUAUUUGCAUGAAUAUGAGCAUUGUGUAUAUAAUUGCUUGUAUUAAUGAGACAAAAAAGGAAUUAGCAUUGUAUUUUCGUUGAUAAUUUUACAGGUGUCUGAGGCAACUGACAGUAGCCCCUUUUCUGUUCCCUCCUACUUUCUCUAUCCUCAUUUUCGAUCCAAAGCUGGAUGCUGCGUUUAUGUGCGCAAUGACUUAACCUGCUCUCGUGCCCACGCUCUUGAAUCUUCCGAGUUUUCCACCAUCUGGCUUCGACUACAGAGUCAUUCUCAUACUAAAUUUAUCUGUGCUGUAUACCUCUCUCCUAACUCCUCUGACUAUAAGAAAUUCUUUGACUACUUAACUUCCAAAGUGGAGCACAUUCUGACCCUCUUCCCUUUUGCAGAGAUCUCCAUUCUUGGAGACUUCAAUGUUCACCACCAGCUUUGGCUUUCCUCUCCCUUCACUGACCAUCCUGGUGAACUAGCCUACAACUUUGCUAUCCUCCAUGACCUAGAGCAAUUGGUGCAACACCCUACUCGUAUUCCUGACCGUCUUGGAGAUACGCCCAACAUUCUUGACCUUUUCCUGACCUCUAAUCCUUCUGCUUAUGCUGUCACCCUUUCUUCUCCGUUGGGUUCCUCCGAUCACAAUCUCAUAUCUUUAUCUUGUCCUAUCACUCCAAUCCCUCCUCAGGAUCCCCCUAAGCGAAGGUGCCUCUGGCGUUUUGCCUCUGCUAGUUGGGGGGACCUGAGGCGGUAUUUUGCUGAUUUUCCUUGGAAUGACUACUGCUUCCGUGUCAGAGACCCGUCUUUGUGUGCUGAGCGCAUAACAGAGGUGAUAGUGUCUGGCAUGGAGGCGUACAUUCCUCACUCUUUUUCUCGUCCUAAACCUUCUAAACCUUGGUUUAACACAGCUUGUUCUCGUGCUAUACAUGAUAGAGAGGUGGCCCACAAAAGGUACUUAAGCCUUCCUUCACCAGAAUCUCAUGCACUUUAUAUUUCUGCCCGGAACCAUGCCAAGUCUGUUCUCCAACUAGCCAAAAACUCCUUCAUUAACAGAAAAUGUCAAAACCUUUCAAGAUCUAACUCCCCUCGUGAUUUCUGGCAUCUAGCCAAAAAUAUCUCCAAUAACUUUGCUUCUUCUUCUUUCCCUCCUCUACUUCAACCAGAUGGCACCACUGCUAUCACAUCUAUUUCUAAAGCUGAACUCUUUGCUCAAACCUUUGCUAAAAACUCUACCUUGGACGAUUCUGGGCUUGUUCCUCCCUCUCCUCCACCCUCUGACUACUUCAUGCCUCGUAUUAAAAUUCUUCGUAAUGAUGUUUUCCAUGCCCUCGCUGGCCUAAACCCUCAGAAGGCUUAUGGACCUGAUGGGGUCCCUCCUAUUGUUCUCCGAAACUGUGCCUCCGUGCUUGCACCUUGCCUAGUCAAACUCUUUCAGCUCUGUCUGUCAACAUCUACCUUUCCUUCUUGCUGGAAGUUUGCCUACAUUCAACCUGUUCCUAAAAAGGGUGACCGCUCUAAUCCCUCAAACUACCGUCCUAUUGCUUUAAUUUCCUGCUUAUCUAAAGUUUUUGAAUCUAUCCUCAACAGGAAGAUUCUUAAACAUCUAUCACUUCACAACCUUCUAUCUGAUCGCCAGUAUGGGUUCCGUCAAGGACGCUCUACUGGUGAUCUUCUGGCUUUCCUUACUGAGUCUUGGUCAUCCUCUUUUAGGGACUUUGGUGAAACUUUUGCUGUUGCCUUGGACAUAUCAAAAGCCUUUGAUAGAGUCUGGCACAAAGCUUUGAUUUCCAAACUACCCUCCUACGGUUUCUAUCCUUCUCUCUGUAACUUCAUCUCAAGUUUCCUUUCUGACCGUUCUAUUGCUGCUGUGGUAGACGGUCACUGUUCUUCUCCUAAAUCUAUUAACUGUGGUGUUCCUCAGGGUUCUGUCCUGUCACCCACUCUCUUCUUAUUAUUCAUUAAUGAUCUUCUAAACCAAACUUCUUGUCCUAUCCACUCCUAUGCUGAUGAUACCACCCUGCACUUUUCCACGUCUUUUCAUAGACGUCCAACCCUUCAGGAGGUAAACAUAUCACGCAGGGAAGCCACAGAACGCCUGACUUCUGAUCUUUCUAAAAUUUCUGAUUGGGGCAGAGCAAACUUGGUAUUGUUCAAUGCCUCAAAAACUCAAUUCCUCCAUCUAUCAACUCGACACAAUCUUCCAGACAACUAUCCCCUCUUCUUCAAUGACACUCAACUGUCCCCCUCUUCUACACUGAACAUCCUCGGUCUGUCCUUUACUUAUAAUCUGAACUGGAAACUUCACAUCUCAUCUCUAGCUAAAACGGCUUCUAUGAAGUUAGGUGUUCUGAGACGUCUCCGCCAGUUUUUCUCACCCCCCCAGCUGCUAACUCUGUACAAGGGCCUUAUCCGUCCAUGUAUGGAGUAUGCUUCACAUGUCUGGGGGGGUUCCACUCAUACUGCUGUUCUAGACAGGGUGGAAUCAAAAGCUUUUCGUCUCAUCAACUCCUCUCCUCUAACUGACUGUCUUCAGCCUCUCUCUCACCGCCGCAAUGUUGCAUCUCUUGCUGUCUUCUACCGCUAUUUUCAUGCUAACUGCUCUUCUGAUCUUGCUAACUGCAUGCCUCCCCUCCUUCCGCGGCCUCGCUGCACAAGACUUUCUUCUUUCUCUCACUCCUAUUCUGUCCACCUCUCUAACGCAAGAGUUAACCAGUAUUCUCAAUCAUUCAUCCCUUUCUCUGGUAAACUCUGGAACUCCUUGCCUGCUUCUGUAUUUCCACCUUCCUAUGACUUGAAUUCCUUCAAGAGGGAGGUUUCAAGACACUUAUCCACCAAUUUUUGACCACUGCUUUGACCCUUUUAGGGACUGGCAUUUCAGUGGGCAUUUUUUUUAUUAGAUUUUUGUUGCCCUUGGCCAGUAUCCUUCCUACAUAAAAAAAAAAAAAAAAAAAAAAAGUAAAUAAACAAAAUGAAUACAUACCGUAUUUGAUGGCUCAUAAGACGCACGGGCUCAUAAGACGCACCCAGUUCUGGCAUGUAUUGAAAUAGAAAAAAACAAAAAUUAACAGAUUUAGGCUAUCGAUAUGAAGUCAAGGAAUUCAAGCGACAUUUGAAGACUCUCACGUGCAUUUAGAUCACUAUUAGAUACCAAUACUCAGCAUUUAAAAGUUUAAUUUAUGCUAGCAGCUUACUUGUUCUUUUUGGGGUUUUGUUGAGGCUGUGAUGGCCGUGACAUCACAGCCUGGCGUCCCAAAGGUGUGGUAUAUAGGUAGUGUUUCAGACUAGAUACAGUGGAGCUGGUUGGAUUUCUGGAGUCAAAUCUUGGUAAGGUUGCGGGCCUUGAAAGCCAGAACGUAAUGGUUCGGUUGAGGGUAUUGAAAGACAAGAUUGUACCAAUCCUGCUGACGUGUAAACACAAUCUUCUUAUUGGUAUUUUAGUUGGGGCCAUGCAGACUGUGAUGUCACAGCCUCUAGUGCCCAAAAGGUGUGGUAAGCAGGGGAGUUUCAGUCUUAAUGCGGUUCAGCUGAAUGUAAACAUUAACUGCACCUAGCUCUUGGCGGCACCAUUAACUGAGGGACUACAGUGAUAAUAAAAUUUUUUCAUACUUUAUUUUUUAGCAUCUUUCACAUGUAAUUCUUAUGCAGUAUUUUAGUACAUUUUCAAAGCCAAAGGAUGUGUAAAAGCAUAAGCUAUUACAUGAAUAUUAUGCAGAUCAUCACCUCAAGCCAGCCUAUCCCAUGACACUCAAUUCCUUUAUAGAAGAAAUAUUCGUUCUCAAGGUGUAUUAGUCUAUUUUCAUAAAAGAAAGGUUUCUCUAGCUUCAAUCUUUUUCAUAUGUAUGCAAAGCAAGAAUGUUAAAAAGAUAGGUUCAAUUUUAAUUGUAUGAAAGUGUGGCUAUUGUCUUACCUCAAUCAGUAACGGCGUCACACUCGGUGUCACCGAGUACGUCACGUCGGAGCGCAACCGACCGCGUUUGUUUUGAAAAACGUGGUGCACCAUCUCCACCUUGCCAGAACCUUCUCCACAAAUCCAACCAGCUCCAUCACAUCUAGUCUAAUAUUAUAAUUGGAUACCUCACCUUUGGGGCAUCAAAGGCUGUGACAUCACAACCUACACUGCCCCAACAAAACUCCAAGAAGAAGUGGUGCAUGGUUAAUUAAGCAAAUUCUUCCUGACUGGUCAAAGUCUAUGUGGAUUACCAGUAAGUAUGAGAUACUACACAUUGGUACCUUGAAAGAAAGAGCAUUUUGUGGCGUACUACCAAUCAUGACUUUAUUUAGUUGUGCAAAGACAUCUGUGGUUUGAAUUUAGAGCCUCUGUUGCCGUAGACUUGUAACCUAUUACUGCCUCAAAGUUGGACCUUUGCCUCAUUGGACGCAGGCUAAUUUACUGACCCUUUUUCUGAGAAAAAAAGUAGCGUCUUAUGAGCCAUCAAAUACGGUACAUAAUAAAAAAAAAAAACUCCAGCCACAUCAAAAUUAAACCUCUGGAAAUAUCCUCCAUAAUUUAGAGACACAAAUAACAAAUAAAACACUGAACAUGUCAUCCAAAGUAAAUAAAUAAAGUGGACAGAGUACGAGCAGUGUUGCCAAUCGUACGAUAAUUAUUGUACAAGUACAAAAAUUUUUGCCCGUGUACGAUGUACAAUUGUACUCAUACGAUAAUACGAUAAUUUGGGAAUUCGUACGAUAUUUUUAUGAAAUAUACAAUAAUUUGAGUGAAAAUUAAUGUUAUUAAUAUCAGGUAAUGCAAAAUUUCUUAUAUAAAUUUGAAUAACAAAAUAAAAACCUGAAAGUG